UAAGUGAAAAGAUAACGAUUAUCACCAUAAGAAGGGCGUUUAUUGCGAGCUUUUUAAUAUAAUACAGUUUCUUAUUCAGUACGAAUAAUAGAAAUGAACGAUCAAAUUUUCAAAUUUUUCUUACUUUUUGCGAGCUUCCAAUUACUUUUGGGCUUAGAACAGGACACAUUGGAAUACGGAAAUGUGAAAAUCGGUGAGAAAUGCGAGAGAGAUCGUAAUUGCAUUCCAAAUUCGUAUUGCCGUGCGCAAAAGACAUGCCUGUGCGAACAAUAUUUUUCCCCAACUUUAGAUAAUUCGAUGUGCAUCGCUAGUGCUGGAUUAAGUUGCACAAAUGAUUUUGCAUGUAGUACGAUGGCAAAUGCAGCGUGUAGACAAGGAGUAUGUGCUUGCAAAGAUUCGUAUAUCUUAGAUAUAAAUAAUUCUUCAAAUUGUGUCAAUAGACCAUUGAUAGUGGGUGAUCGCUGUCAAAGGACAGAUGAAUGUCAAGAUAUGUUUGGUCGUGCCAUGUGCAUUAAUGAACGUUGCGAAUGCAUUUCAUCAUACCAUUUUGUGAAUGAAACUGGGAAAUGUGUUCAAACACGAUAUUUAUAUCAUACGUGUACGAAGGAUUACGAAUGUAAGGGAUAUGAUACUUUUAAUAUUCUUGAAUGUAAAAAGAAUGAAUGUGUUUGCAAAGAAGGGACUUGUAGCAAAGGUUCUAUCAUUACUGUUCUUGAAAUUCUUGUAAUACCUAUACUACUUUUAAUAUAAAUUAUCAAAUAAAUUUUAUUUUUUUUCAAUAAA